AUGGCGAUCAUCGAGUGCAUGAUGGCGCAGAAAAAGGUGGACGGGAUGGCUCAGGCAGCUUCGACGUCUGUCACGGGUCUGGCGGAAGUCGUCGACGAGGACGACGACGACAGGGGCGGCGCCAAGCGCCACCGCAAGGUCCUGCGCGACAACAUCCAGGGCAUCACCAAGCCGGCCAUCCGGCGCCUGGCUCGCCGCGGCGGCGUGAAGCGCAUCUCGGGGCUCAUCUACGAGGAGACCCGCGGCGUCCUUAAGAUCUUCCUCGAGAACGUCAUCCGCGACGCCGUCACCUACACCGAGCACGCCCGACGCAAGACCGUCACCGCCAUGGACGUCGUCUACGCCCUCAAGCGCCAGGGACGCACCCUCUAUGGCUUCGGAGGCUGA